GGGCCGGACGCAGGGAGGGGGGCUCGGGCGCGCGGUGUCUGCGCGGACGCACCGACUGAGGCGCUCCAGGAGCUGCGGGCCGCCGGGGCCUUGUGGGUGAGGCUGCGCGGGCCGGCUGCCGUCCUCUGGAGCUCCAGGAACAGGGUCUUGCUCUGUCGCCUGGGGGAAUUGUAGCACAAUCAAAGCUCACUGGGACCUCAAACUCCUGGGCUCCAGCAGUCCUCCCUCCUCGGCCUCCCAAACUACUGGGAUUACAGGCUGGUUUGGUCACCAUGAAGCUAUUGUACCCAGCCUUCCACAGUGGCCUUCUGCUGGCCCUGCUUAGCCUAUGGAGAGCUGCUCCUGAGGCCCGUGCUGCAUCCAUGGACGUGCCAGCCAUCAGCGCCUCUGCCUUCCUGCAGGAUCUCAUGCAUCGCUAUGGCAAGGGCGAUAGUCUCACUCUGCAGCAGCUGAAAGACCUACUUGACAAGCUGGAUUUGGGGGUGGGCCGCAAGAAUGUCACCCAGCCCGUGCAUGGCCAGAGGAACCUCUCAACGUGCUUCAGUUCGGAAGACCUCUUUGCUGCCCACAAUUUCAGUGACCGAUCACGGAUCGGGAAGAGCGAGUUCCAGGAAUUCUGCCCCACCAUCCUGCAGCAGCUGGGCUCGCGGGCCUGCACCUCUGAGAACCAGGAAAACAAGAACGAGCAGACGGAAGAGGGGAGGCCGACCCCGGUGGAAGUGUGGGGAUAUGGUCUCCUCUGUGUGACCGUCAUCUCCCUCUGCUCUCUCAUGGGGGCCAGUGUGGUGCCCUUCAUGAAGAAGACCUUUUACACGAGGCUGCUGCUCUACUUCAUAGCUCUGGCGAUUGGAACCCUCUACUCCAACGCCCUCUUCCAGCUCAUCCCCGAGGCCUUCGAUUUUAACCCUAUGGAAGAUUAUUAUGUCUCCAAGUCUGCAGUGGUGUUUGGGGGCUUUUAUCUUUUCUUUUUCACAGAGAAGAUCUUGAAGAUACUUCUUAAACAGAAAAAUGAGCAUCACCAGGGACACAGCCAUUACACCUCCGAGACACUGCCUUCCAAGAAGGACCAGGAGGAGGGUGUGAUGGAGAAGCUGCAGAAUGGCGAUCUGGACCACAUGAUUCCUCAACACUGUGGCAGCGAGCUGGACAGCAAAGCCCCGGUGGAUGAGAAGGUCAUUGUAGGCUCACUGUCCGUGCAGGACCUGCAGGCUUCCCAGAGCACCUGUUACUGGCUGAAAGGUGUCCGCUACUCUCACAUCGGCACGCUGGCCUGGAUGAUCACCCUGAGUGAUGGCCUCCACAAUUUCAUCGAUGGUCUGGCUAUUGGUGCCUCCUUCACUGUAUCUGUUUUCCAAGGCAUCAGCACCUCCGUGGCCAUCCUCUGUGAGGAGUUCCCGCAUGAGCUGGGAGACUUCGUCAUCCUGCUCAAUGCUGGGAUGAGCAUUCAGCAAGCUCUCUUCUUCAAUUUCCUUUCCGCCUGUUGCUGCUACUUGGGGUUGGCCUUUGGCAUCCUGGCCGGCAGCCACUUCUCUGCCAACUGGAUUUUCGCGCUGGCUGGAGGAAUGUUUUUGUAUAUAUCCCUGGCUGAUAUGUUCCCUGAGAUGAAUGAGGUCUGCCAAGAAGAUGAAAAGAAGGGCAGCAUCUUGAUCCCCUUUGUCAUCCAAAACCUGGGCCUUCUGACUGGAUUCACCAUCAUGCUGGUCCUCACUAUGUUUUCAGGGCAGAUCCAGAUUGGGUAGGGCCCUGGGCUGCCCGAUGCCUGGCCCACGGACUCAGCAGCCAUGAAACACCAUGACGAGGCAGUUCUAUUAAAAACCGACACAGACUGUGUUCCUGCAUUCAAAUGUCAGCUGUUUUUAAAAUGCUCUAUCCUAGGAAUAAGCCACCCUGGUAACCAGUCUCUAGGUAGUGCCUCGCACUCUCUCUUCUCCUUUUCUCAUAGUGACUCUGGAACCUGAGCGCAGCUUCCGAGACAAGCCUAACUUGUUUCUCUGAUCACCCUGGCCUCUUUCUCUUGGAACCAAUGCUGAAAGAUUUCGAAUCCUUUACCCAGUAGUACAAAAAUAUAGCGAGUGGUUAAACUUGGUUAGAAAUAUCUCAAGAGGUGAAUCCGUAGUUUGGGGCCCGUGCACCUAAGUGUGCAGUGGACCGAUUUUGAACUGGACUUAGUGUCACAGAGAAGAGACAGGAGACAGGAAUCCUUCCCAUUUUUACAAUGUCUGUUCAGUUGCCUAUUGCUUCUCAAAGAGAACUGAAAAUCAGAAUAGAGGAAUGAGAUGGGAGAAGGGGCAGGGAUCCUCCUGAGGGAGAGGGAGGUAGAACCAAUGAUGCACAUCUCGUCAGGAGGCUCGUUUGUUCCCACUGGGGUGCCAGCAAUUGGUUCUGUGGCAGCACCUGGUGUCUGUGGCUGCCCAAGUGAGCUAACUCUGAGAUGUAGUUCCCUGGACCUCUUUCAGGUCAAUACAGACAAAAUUAGAGGGUCAGGAGCUCUGCGAGAAGACACUUGAUUUUGCUGUGAUUUUCACCUCUUGCCCUCUUCCAUCUUCUCAGAGACCUUUAGCUGCCUCCCUAGAAGCACAUUCUGAGCACACUGUUUUGGAGGGGAAGCUGGAGAACUGGAGUUCCAGCUUAUGCUCUCCUUAGACAAGGAUUGGUCAUCAGAAAUGGAAUCAGUACAGGCAAAAUUUCAGAUUUGUCAAUAUCAUAAAUAAAAGUACAGAUAAUAGGGGACUCUGAAAUGAAAGGUCAGAACUUGGGUGGGGGCCCUGAUGAUUUAUGCUGCAAAUGAGUUGUAAACGUCUUCUGUAGGUUACCACUCCUUCUCUCCCCAAACACAAAAAAGGUUGAAUCCUGUAUUGAGUUGAGUAACUCUCAAUCCUAAUUCUAAUUCUAAUUCUCUUCCAAAAAGUGAAAGGAUAUACAUGUCUGUGAAACUGUAGGCCGGCCUCAGGCGCUGUGGAGCCCUCACCUCAGAAUUCUGGCUUCAAGGGGAGCUAAUCUCCAGGUUCACUACGUGAAUUGAUUUAUUAUUAUCAUAUUGAUAAUGUGAGAUUCUUUAGCCACUUUGGGGAGCCAGUCUCUCCAGAAGCCUUUCUUAGUGGUGCCCACAGCCACAGCCUAGGGGCCAUGUUCACAAACCGAUUUGUAUGCAUGACUGAUAAGAAUACUGGUUCAUUGCCAACGCCUGUGUUUUUUUCUGUUCUUGCGCAGAAAAACUGCCCACUCUCAUAAUCAAAAGCAGCAUCUAUUUUGUUUCUUCUUCUUGAGAAGCAUCCCUCAAACCAGGAAUAUUUGUGGCAAGAGCAUGAGCAGUGAUACUUUCUAAGUUUUUCUCCGUAUCCUGCCUGUUGGCUUCAGUAGAUUCGAAUUUAAGCUGAAAAAGGAAGAAAACCUCAGUGAUCAAGGUCCUAGAUUAAAUAUCAGGACUGACUCCUGAUAGGAUUGUGGUCCAAUUUUACCAAAGAACCAAUUCCUUGAAUGUUGGAAUCUAACUUUUUAUUACUAUAUCAUUAUUAUUAUUAUUGUUAUUGUCUUAGAAUACUUCUUCAUCUUUUCUGUUUUUUUCUCAAUCUGCUUUCAGGAGUUAACAGAAGAUGACACUCAGAGUUUAUAGAGUCUGGAACAUUUUGCUUUACUUAACUCAUAUCAAUGUAUUAAAUUGAUAAGUGUAGCAUUCCCUACAGAUCCCGUCAUUCCUCAAAAACACACUUUGGGAGUAGAAUACUAAGAGCUAGUGGGCUUCUAGGUUAGGAGAUGAACUCAAAAAUAUAAUCUUUAAUAUGUUUAAAAAUAAAAUAUGAAAUAGUAGGGUGCGGUCCCUUUUUGUGCACACCUGUAUCAAGUUAAGAAGUUUCCUUUCAUAGACAGCUGCCUCAAAGGGAAAUCCUCUUUAAGCUAUAACUGGAGCAGAGGUCAGUCCUAGUCGGAGCUUAAGAGGGGUGGAGACACUCAAUCCGACUGAUUGUAAGUUGCCAUUGGCAACAGAUUUGCCUCAUGAGUUGAAAAUGUGGCAAUUUCUUUUUGACUUUUAAAUGAUGAAUUUGCUGUUUUAAGCAUUUGUACAUAUUAGAAGUCGAAGGAGUGGUGAGUUGUUUUGAGGACUUUUUUCACCCCUAGCAUUAGCAGCUUCAGCCUUUUUCUGGAUGGACCAGCUCAUACUAAUGUCACCAAGGAAAGUAUGUCAUAUGCUAGAAUGGUAAGCCAGGGACAGGGGCUCUGCUACUUCUCACCUCGCCACUGGUGGGCAGGUUGCCACCAUCCUUGCUCCUAAAGGUAUUUUGUGACUAGUGUCAACUUGGAGCUAUUCCUCACUGGUCCUUCCCCUUGGGUUUAAAAAAGAAGGCUUCUCUGUUUGGAUAACCUAAGAUGUGUUUUUAGUAAGUCCUCCUCCAAAGAGAUGGUGAUAUGCUGGAAAUCUGCUUUUUAAAAGAAGUUUGAUUUUUGCAAAAGAGGUUGGGAUUAUAUUGUUCAUAUUUCCCUUUACGGUUCUGCAGUUCCAUCACAGUAUUUUUUAAAAUAACUCAGGUGUUAUGAGAAGAAAUUAGAAAAGAAAAUUAACUUAUGUGGACUGUAAAUGUUUUAUUUGUAAGAUUCUAUAAAUAAAGCUAUAUUCUGUAAUUGUU